GCUCCGUUGUUAUACUAGUGUAUAGUUAUUUCGUGGAUAUGAGAAAUAAACUUAACCUUAAUCUUCAAUUAUGUAUUACGAGGUAUAAAAAAUCUAAAAAGAGUAAAUAAUCAUAGAAUUUAAAUUUAUAUGUGUAGAAAUAAAAUAAAUUAUUAUCAAAAUGAGGUACGCGCAACUUGUUAUGGGACCUGCUGGUAGUGGAAAGUCAACGUAUUGUUCUAUCAUGCAACAUAGUGCAGCAGAUGAAAUGAAAACAAUAGAAGUAGUCAAUUUAGAUCCUGCAGCAGAACAUUUUGAUUAUGAACCUUUCAUUGACAUAAGAGAAUUAAUUGAAUUAGAUGAUGCUAUGGAAGAUGAGGAGUUGAGAUAUGGGCCUAAUGGUGGUCUUGUAUUUUGUAUGGAAUACCUAAUAGAAAAUUCAACUUGGUUGCAAGAAAAAUUAGAUGAUGUAGAUGGCGAUUAUGUUAUUUUUGAUUGUCCUGGGCAAAUAGAACUAUAUACACAUAUGAAAGUUAUGCGUCAGUUAAUUAAAAUGUUACAAAAUAUGAAUUUUCGUAUAUGCGGAGUAUUUAUAAUGGAUAGUCAAUUUAUGAUAGAUGGAUCGAAGUUUUUAUCAGGUACUAUGGCAGCUUUAAGCGUAAUGGUAAAUCUAGAAAUACCACAUGUUAACAUAUUAAGUAAAAUGGAUUUGAUAUCGAAGUCUUCGAAAAAACAAUUAGAUGAAUAUUUGGAACCUGAUCCAUAUAGUUUGUUAUCUAAUAUGGAAAAUGAUCCAUGGAAUAAAAAAUAUCAAAAACUUACAGAAGCCAUAGGUAAACUUAUUGAAGAUUAUAGUUUAGUUCGUUUUCUUCCCUUGAAUAUUAAAGAUGACGAAAGUAUCGCUGAUAUCAAACUUACUAUCAAUAAUAUUAUUCAAUACGGAGAAGAUGAAGAUGUUAGAAUUAGAGAUUUCGAUGAACCCUGUAAUGAUGAUGAUGCAGAUGACACGAAUAACAGUUAAAAAAAUCAUGCAUGGUGUAUAUUUUAAUAAACUGUUUUCAUAACACUA